AGAGGUCACGGCUGCGUCCCGGAAGCAGCGGGAGGCGGCGGCGGAGGAGGAGGCGGAGGCGGGUGUCCGGGCAGCUGCGCCGGCAGCGGCCUCUUCCCCCUCAUCCCGUCCGGCCCCCUCCCCGUAGCCCCGGUCAGGGCAGGAGGAUGGUGCAGAGCCCGCCCGCACGGCAGCCUCGCCGCCUGUGAGCUCAGCCGCUGCCUCCGGGCCUCGACCCGCCCGGCCCGGGGGCCUCUUCCCCGCUUCGGGCGCCGGUGAACAAUCAGAAUAAUGUUCAACAUAAACCUGUUGGAGAACCUGAAGGUCUACAUCAGCAGUCGACCUCCACUUGUGGUCUUUAUGAUCAGUGUGAGUGCUAUGGCAAUAGCUUUUCUCACCCUGGGUUACUUCUUCAAAAUCAAGGAGAUCAAGUCACCAGAAAUGACAGAGGACUGGAACACUUUCCUCCUGAGGUUUAACGAUUUGGACUUCUGUAUAUCUGAGAAUGAAACCUUAAAGCAUCUCAUCAACGACACCACGACCCCGGAGAGCACCGUGACGAGCGGGCAGGCAAGGUCAACGCAGUCCCCACAGACCCUGGAGGACUCUGGCCCCAUAAACAUCUCUGUUACAAUCACUCUGACGCUGGACCCACUGCGACCCUUCGGGGGGUACUCUCGCAAUGUCACACAUCUCAGUUCCACCAUUUUUGGGCACCAAAUUGGGCUUUCAGGCAGAGAAUCCCACGAGGAGAUCAAUAUCACAUUCACCCUGCCAGCUGCCUGGAAUUCAGAUGACUGUGUUCUUCAUGGCCACUGCGAGCAGGUCGUCUUCACGACCUGCAUGACUGUGACAGCAGCCAGCAAUGUAUUUCCUGUCACAGUUCAGCCACCACAUUGUGUUCCCGAAACAUACAGCAAUGCCACGCUUUGGUACAAGAUCUUCACCACAGCAAGGGACUCUAACACAAAAUAUGCACAGGAUUAUAACCCCUUCUGGUGUUACAAAGGAGCAAUUGGGAAAGUGUACCAUGCUUUAAACCCCAAGCUAACUGUUAUAGUUCCAGAUGAUGAUCGCUCCCUCAUCAAUCUGCAUCUCAUGCAUACCAGUUACUUUCUUUUUGUGAUGGUGAUCACAAUGUUCUGCUAUGCAGUCAUUAAAGGCAGACCAACCAAACUGAGGCAAAGCAACACAGAAUUCUGCUCUGAAAAGGUGGCUUUGUCGGAAGCCUGAGAACCCCAACCCUCGGAUGACUGCGAACCGUUGAACCAUUGCCUGCUGAGCCCGGAACGGGCCCUAACAACUCUGUGAAUACAAUUAUCUUGCAACGUUGGUUUAUUCCAACCAAAGACAUUUCAAGUGCCUGUAAUUGAUUUGUACAUAUUUAUAAAGGUAUAUUCAGAGUAGGCCAGGUGACGACGCCCUCGCCCCGCGGCGCAGCGCGGCCGGAAACCUUCAGUCUUUCCCUGUGGACAUAGCCGAAUGUUUGUGUAGAUAUGUUUAGUGAUAUGGCUACAUAGAGCAAAGAUACUAUUAUUAUUAUUGUUAUUAUUUUUGGGGG